AUGCACGCCCUCGCGUUCCUCUCUCUCGUGGCCUCGACGGCCCUCGUCGCCGCCCAGGAUGAAUACGCCAGCUUCCAGCCCCUCAGCACGUUUAGUACCCUUCAAGCGCGUCAGCAGCAGAGCUGCGCUUCCGUCGGCGGCAAGACGUGCGGCACCAAGUGCAUCCGGCUGAGCUACACGUGCUGCGGCAACGGCGCGGGCGCCUGCGAGGUGGGCUACACCUGCGGCCUCGCGGCCAACGGCAUCUACGGCUGCUGCCCCUUGGGCAAGCGCUGCCGCGGCGACGCCCCUGAUCCCAGCACUACCGACAUUGGCGUUGCUCGCCCCACGACGGUCCGCGGUGGCGGGGCUGGCGGCGUUGACGAUGAUGAUGAUGACGAGACGACGUCGACGCGGGCCGUUGAGACGACGACACGACGUCUAACGCCCACCAACACGCCCGCCCGCACGACUGCCAUCAGCAAUGAUGACGAGACGACUACAAGCAGCAGCACUACGACCAGCACUACGAGCAGGUCUACCUCUACUACGAGAAGCUCUGCCGUGGCUUUGGGCACCUCUAGCAGCUCUGUCAACGGCGCUGGUAGCGAUAGCAACGGCAACGGCAAUGCCAAUGGCUCGGGCAGCAGUAGCACUGCCGGCAGCGGUGGCAGUGGAUCUCAGGCGUCUUCUGCGGGCAUCAUCAGCGUUGGCCUUGCCAGCCUUGCGGGCGGAUUCAUUGCCGCCAUUGCUUCUCUUCUCUGA